AUGAGGGUGCUGUUAGUUUGCCUGGCAAGCUUACUAGUCUGCCUGAAGACGGCUGAUUCUCACUCUUUGCCGCAAAAGGAUUACGAAACUGAUUCCAGCAAACAUUACAUUACCAAUCCACUGAAUGACACCAGCGGAAAUAAUAGCAGCUCGGUCCCCGACACCACAACAUUCAUUGUGCGUUACGUAACUACGGUUGACAAGAAAGAGUACAAGGGUAUAUACGCCCACAAGAACGGCAAAGUGAAGAAAAUAUUGGAAGGCGGCAGGGCCGUCUCUGUUUGGCCUUCGAAGUCGCGCGCCUAUUUGGCCCAUAAAGACGGUAUCUACGUUUACGACAGUGAAACAGAGAAGCUUGAGAAGUACGGCAAUCUGAGUGACAGCAUCAUCGGGAUCGUAAAAGAGAACCGCACCGACGACCUGUACAUUCUCACGGAAGACCACGUCGUCUACAAGGUCAUCGAGGAAGGGACCAAGAAGAUCAAGGUCAACGAGGCUGAGCAUGCUGAGCAAAUAGCGCUGGACUGGGAUGACAACUUGUACUACAUCGGAGCGAACAAUCAACCGUAUGUUGUCGCUUCGGACGGUGCGAAGAAGAUCGAAGGUCUUCCAGCUUACUCAACCUCAGCGGUAAUCUCUAGGGCUCCGAUCAAGAUAGAGCACGGAGCGUGGUUUAUGUCCGGACAACAGCCAUACGUCAUCUAUCCCAACGCGACCAGCGAACCAUUCGUGUUCAGCGACCAAGAGAAGUUGGAAUAUGAGAAAAGAAAUCGUGAUCUUCAAGUUAUUUUCUUACAGAUGAGGAAUCAAACAGAGAAAUAA